AUGACAGUUCGGAAACGCUUCAUUAAUCCUUUUACACAUAAGGCGUCUACUAAAGAACAGUCAACAAGUAGUGAGCAGGAUGUGGAAGCUCCGGUCAAUUCUCAAAUUCCUUUGGAGAAAUCACACGAGACCAAUCAGUCUCUUGCGGAAGAUGAAAUAGUUGAUGAAAAGACCCAGACUGGUACCCAGAAAGCCCAAGCAAGCACACAAGCUUGGACCAAGAAAACCCUGGUAGCAGCGGUUUGGAUCGUCAACUUCCUAGAGUACUUUAGUUCUGGUCUGCUCAGCACACUGUCACCAUAUAUUUACAGUGACUUCGAGCUGCAUUCCCUCACCGGCAUCACUUCUGUCAUUCCUUCGAUAGUCGCCGUAAUGGUCAAGUUCCCCUAUGCCAAGAUCAUGGAUAUCUGGGGACGACCUCAGGCCUUCGGGAUCGGCGUGGGAUUUUUGACUCUCGGACUGAUCACGAUGGCCGCCUGUAAGAAUGUACAGACUUACUGUGCUGCUCAGGUAUUCUAUCAAACCGGUUUCAGCAUGAUAGAUUUCUCUAUGACUAUCUUUAUCGCUGAUACCACUGCUUUGAAGAACCGUGCAUUUUGGAUUGCAUAUGCCGCUUCCCCAUAUCUGAUCACCCCUUGGAUCUAUGGAUAUGCCGCUGGUCGAAUACUCGCUCCAGAUGGUAUUGGGUAUCGAUGGGGUUUCGGUGUUUUUGCCAUAAUCAUGCCCAUAAUCAGUGUCCCACUUUGGGCUCUGUGGUACCAUACUCAAAAGAAGGCCGAAAAGUUGAGCCCGGCAGAAAAGAAGAGCAGUGGACGGUCUCUUUGGCAAUCAAUAUUCUAUUACUGUGUUGAGUUUGAUGUCAUUGGUCUGCUCAUAAUCUCCACUGGUUUCUCGCUUUUUCUCCUGUCCUUCAGUUUGUACUCCUAUCAACCCGGGGAAUGGCGCUCGCCUAUGAUCAUCUGCUUCGUUAUCAUUGGAUUUAUUUUUAUCAUCGCAUUCACCUUGUGGGAGAAAUACUUUGCCCCCGUGAAGUUCAUGCCAUGGGAGCUUAUUCAGAACCAAAUAGUCUUCUUUACCUUCUCAAUGGUCGUGUCUCUGUACUUUGCCUGGUACAUCUGGGAUGAUUAUUUCCAGUCCGUCCUUCAAGUCAUGUUCAACCAAACUGUCACGCAGGCAACUUAUAUUGCCAACAUCUACACCAUAGGCUCUACCUUCUGGUGUCUUGUAUUUGGAGCCCUUCUUCGUUACAACGGUCGUCUAAAGCUGUGGGCUUUCUGCUUCGGCGUCCCUCUGACCAUUCUGGGUGUUGGGCUCAUGAUUAAGUUCCGUCAGCCAGAUAGUAACAUCGGUUUUAUUGUGAUGUGUCAGAUCUUUGUUGCAUUUGGUGGUGGCACGGUUGUCACCUGUGAACAGAUGACGGUGAUAGCAGUAUCCGCUCAGAGAAACAUUCCUGCUAUUCUAGCGAUCGAAGGUGUGGUUUCUAGUAUUGGCAGUGCCCUUGGUGGCACCGUUGCUGUUGCUAUGUGGACUGGCAUAUUUCCAGUCAGAUUGGAAGAGCGUCUGCCAGCCUCUGCUCAGUCUGAUUUCUCCAGUAUUUAUGGCUCCUUGGUGGUUCAAAAGUCCUACCCAAGAGGCUCGGACGUUCGUAAUGCUAUCGAUCAUGCGUAUGGUGACACUCAACGCCUUAUGCUUAUCACCGCUACCUGCCUUUAUCUCAUUACGUGGACGUCUUGUUUCCUCUGGAAGGAUAUCAAUUUGAAGAAGAUGAACCAGCAAGUACAUGGGGUUCAUAUGUGA